AUGGAAAGAAGCAUCAAAAGCAAAGAGGCCUUAUCAUGUCUGAAUGAACUGGAGAAAAGUCCAUCAGUACCCACAACAAUACCAGGGUUAGAACCUCUGCCAUUGGACGAGAAAGGCUCUGCAGACAAUGGACACAGUGAUGCAGCCUCAGCUUUCAGAUUACCUAAGGGUAAAGAGUCCAGUGAAGGGUGGGCGACUGAUGAAAUCCCAGAGUUCCUUAAUGCCAUUCGAAAAGAAACUGAUUCGAACUUUUUGGGGAAGUUACAAGAGGUUAAACUGAAGAAUCCAGUCAGUGGACUGAUGGAAUACGCUCAAUAUAUUGGCGAGAGCUGUGAGUUCCUCCUACUUGACCAAUCAGGACCAUCACACGACCCAAGAUUCCGUAUGCAGGUGAUGCUGAAUGGAAAACUGUUUCCAGCUGCUGAAGCCUCAAGUAAAAAAGUAGCAAAGAAAGAUGCUGCUGCUGCUGCUCUGCGAGUGCUGGCUGCUGAAAUGGAGGGUGGGCCUGGCUCAGGGGUGGAGGGAGGCACUUCCACAGUGGGCCAGGCUACAAGUCUAAUUUCAGAAAGUGGGACUCAUGAAAACAUGCAAGGAUCAGACAGUGGAGAAGACAGGACAUGUGAUGGAGCUCGGCAGCCCCUGUCUCGUUCACUUCCUGGGGGAAAGAAUCCUGUGUCUGUCCUAAUGGAGUACAGCCAACGUAGCGGGAACUCCAUUGAGUUCAUCGUGACUGGUCAGGCCGGUCCACCACAUGACCCAAGGUUUAUGUACCAGGUGAAGAUUGGAGAGACUUUAUUCCCAGAAGCCUCAGCUCCAAGCAAAAAGGCUGCCCGGCAGCUGGCAGCAGAGGAGGCAGUCAAAGAGUUGAUGGCAGAGGGUCGACUGCAGUCCAAUAAGCCCCACUUUCCACUGAGUAGUUGCAAUGAUGAUGAAGCCUUUGGGAACCCGUGUCUACCCCUGCCCCCUUUAACUGCAGACGCACUGCGAGCGGCGCAUGAGGCUGGAGUAGGCGACCUAAUCAACUAUCUCAACAACAAUGCUGUUUCUGGCUUGCUGGAAUAUGCAAGAGCUCGUGGAUUUGCUGCAGAGAUCCGACUUGUGGACCAGUCUGGACCAGCCCAUGAGCCAAAGUUCACGUACCAGGCUAAACUGGGUGGGCGCUGGUUUCCUCCCGUUUGUGCUUCCAACAAGAAACAAGGCAAACAGGAGGCAGCGGAUGCUGCUUUGAGGAUUCUGAUUGGAGAGGCUGAGAAAGCAGCACGAACAGGAGAACUCAUCCCUGCAGAGCUUCCAGUGAGUGGCAGCACUCUGCACGACCAAAUAGCAAUGUUGAGUCACCAGCGUUUUAAUGCCCUGACCACACGGAUACAGCACAGUCUUCUAGGACGCAAGAUUCUUGCCACCAUCGUUAUGAGGAGAGGAGAGGGUCUGGGCACUGUGGUCAGCCUGGGGACAGGUAAUCGUUGUGUUAAAGGAGAGGAACUGAGUCUUAAAGGGGAGACUGUAAAUGAUUGCCAUGCAGAGAUCAUCUCUAGAAGGGGGUUUGUCCGGUUUCUGUAUAGUGAGCUGCUCAGACACUUUGAUGGAGCAGACGACAGUAUAUUUGAGCCAGCUGACGAAAACAAGCUGAGAAUAAAAUCCGACAUCACCUUUCACCUCUACAUCAGUACAGCACCAUGUGGAGACGGGGCUCUCUUCGAUAAAUCCUGCAGUGAAGCGGGUGAUGAAGCUGUGGGUCACCAGCCCCUUUUUGAGAAUGCUAAACAAGGAAAGUUACGAACUAAAGUUGAGAACGGUGAAGGCACCAUCCCUGUGGAGUCGAGUGAUAUUGUUCCCACCUGGGAUGGCAUUCAGCACGGGGAGAGGCUGCGCACCAUGAGCUGCAGUGAUAAGAUCCUACGCUGGAAUGUGCUUGGGCUGCAGGGGGCGCUGCUGUCUCAUUUCCUUCAUCCCAUCUACCUAAAGUCCAUCAGUCUUGGAUAUUUGUACAGUCACGGGCAUCUCACACGAGCUGUUUGUUGUCGACUCGCAAGAGAUGGAGAAACACUGUCAAAAGCUCUACCAUCGCCCUUUCGGCUCAACCACCCUGAGGUGGGACGGGUUAGUGUGUAUGACUCCACCCGACACACGGGGAAGACAAAAGAAUCCAGCGUGAAUUGGAGCUUUCCAGACCAGAACUGUGUGGAAGUUUUGGAUGGGACUAAAGGCAAACUAGAUGGUAACAAGAUGGCUGUGUCCCGGGUCUGCAAGGCUAACCUCUUCUGCCUUUUUCGCGAGCUCUGUUUAGAACCGCUGCAGCAGCAAGAGAAAGGGUCUCCCGACUAUGAACACAAUGAAUCAGCCUCAGCUUUCAGAUUACCUAAGGGUAAAGAGUCCAGUGAAGGGUGGGCAACUGAUGGCUUCCCAGAGUUCCUUAAUGCCAUUUGCAAAGAAACGGAUGCAAUGAGAGGUAACAACAUGGGGAUUGUAGCUGUGUCUUUGGCUGCACCUCCUCCUCAGAACUUUUUGGGGAAGUUACAAGAGGUUAAACUGAAGAAUCCAGUCAGUGGACUGAUGGAAUACGCUCAAUAUAUUGGCGAGAGCUGUGAGUUCCUCCUACUUGACCAAUCAGGACCAUCACACGACCCAAGAUUCCGUAUGCAGGUGAUGCUGAAUGGAAAACUGUUUCCAGCUGCUGAAGCCUCAAGCAAAAAAGUGGCAAAAAAAGAUGCUGCUGAAGCUGCUCUGCGAGUGCUGGCUGCUGAAAUGCAGGGUGGGCCUGGCUCAGGGGUGGAGGGAGGCACUGCCACAGUGGGCCAGGCUACAAGUCUAAUUUCAGAAAGUGGGACCCUUGAAGACAUGGCAGGAGGAGUCAAUGGAGAAGAGACAAAGACAUGUGAUGGAGCUCGGCAGCCCCUGUCCUCUUCACUUCCUGGGGGAAAGAAUCCAGUGUCUGUCCUGAUGGAAUACAGCCAACGUAGCGGUCUUUCCAUAGACUUCAUUUUGACCGGUCAGGCCGGUCCACCACACGACCCUAGGUUUAUGUACCAGGUGAAGAUUGGAGAGACUUUAUUCCCAGAAGCCUCAGCUUCAAGCAAAAAGGCUGCCCGGCAGCUGGCAGCAGAGGAGGCAGUCAAAGAGUUGAUGGCAGAGGGUCGACUGCAGUCCAAUAAGCCCCACUUUCCACUGAGUAGUUUCAAUGAUGAUGAAGCCUUUGGGAACCCGUGUCUACCCCUGCCCCCUUUAACUGCAGACGCACUGCGAGCGGCGCAUGAGGCUGGAGUAGGCGACCUAAUCAACUAUCUCAACAACAAUGCUGUUUCUGGCUUGCUGGAAUAUGCAAGAGCUCGUGGAUUUGCUGCAGAGAUCCGACUUGUGGACCAGUCUGGACCAGCACAUGAGCCAAAGUUCACGUACCAGGCUAAACUGGGUGGGCGCUGGUUUCCUCCCGUUUGUGCUUCCAACAAGAAACAAGGCAAACAGGAGGCAGCGGAUGCUGCUUUGAGGAUUCUGAUUGGAGAGGCUGAGAAAGCGGCACGAACAGGAGAACUCAUCCCUGCAGAGCUUCCAGUGAGUGGCAGCACUCUGCACGACCAAAUAGCAAUGUUGAGUCACCAGCGUUUUAAUGCCCUGACCACACGGAUACAGCACAGUCUUCUAGGACGCAAGAUUCUUGCCACCAUCGUUAUGAGGAGAGGAGAGGGUCUGGGCACUGUGGUCAGCCUGGGGACAGGUAAUCGUUGUGUUAAAGGAGAGGAACUGAGUCUUAAAGGGGAGACUGUAAAUGAUUGCCAUGCAGAGAUCAUCUCUAGAAGGGGGUUCGUCCGGUUUCUGUAUAGUGAGCUGCUCAGACACUUUGAUGGAGCAGACGACAGUAUAUUUGAGCCAGCUGACGAAAACAAGCUGAGAAUAAAAUCCGACAUCACCUUUCACCUCUACAUCAGUACAGCACCAUGUGGAGACGGGGCUCUCUUCGAUAAAUCCUGCAGUGAAGCGGGUGAUGAAGCUGUGGGUCACCAGCCCCUUUUUGAGAAUGCUAAACAAGGAAAGUUACGAACUAAAGUUGAGAACGGUGAAGGCACCAUCCCUGUGGAGUCGAGUGAUAUUGUUCCCACCUGGGAUGGCAUUCAGCACGGGGAGAGGCUGCGCACCAUGAGCUGCAGUGAUAAGAUCCUACGCUGGAAUGUGCUUGGGCUGCAGGGGGCGCUGCUGUCUCAUUUCCUUCAUCCCAUCUACCUAAAGUCCAUCAGUCUUGGAUAUUUGUACAGUCACGGGCAUCUCACACGAGCUGUUUGUUGUCGACUCGCAAGAGAUGGAGAAACACUGUCAAAAGCUCUACCAUCGCCCUUUCGGCUCAACCACCCUGAGGUGGGACGGGUUAGUGUGUAUGACUCCACACGACACACGGGGAAGACAAAAGAAUCCAGCGUGAAUUGGAGCUUUCCAGACCAGAACUGUGUGGAAGUGUUGGAUGGGACCAAAGGCAAACUAGAUGGGAUGGCUGUGUCCCGGGUCUGCAAGGCUAACUUCUUCUGCCUGUUUCGCGAGUUGUGUCAGAAAUCUGGGCGCAAUGAUCUCCUCUCCUUACAGUCAUACGCUCACACCAAGAUGUUAGCCAAGGAUUUCCAGAAAUCAAAAACAUUGUUUUUCCAGGCGCUCUCUAUCCAAGGAUAUGGAUCCUGGAUUGGCAAACCAGUGGAGGAAAAGACUUACGAGUCAGAAAUCUGGAAUAAUAUGGGAAACUGCCCUGUUGGAAACAAUGGAAACAACAGUUAG